UACAGCCCCUGCAGUGCUGACAGACUGACCCCAGCUGCUUGUUCUUUUCUCAUCUUCUUCUUUCUCAUCGACUCCUCUUCUUGCCAGAUCUCAGUCUCUACAUCUACUCUAUUGCAACAAACGAUACCCAUAUACUAAAUAAUGCAGCCACGACAACCUUUAGCUGUGAAGUCAACCAAUGUGCAGCGGUCACGUUCAACAUCGCCCCUGAAAAGAAUAGACUCUCCUACUAAGAAAUCAGCUUUUACUUCUUCUCCAACUAAAAAGGCACGUUCUUCCCCAGCGAAAAGAGAGCUGUUGCACACGCCAUCCCUGAACCAUCCCUCUGUCCAAGAACAAUCGUUUACAAUUUUCCAAGAUUCUACUUAUGCCAGAAACCAGUCUGCAUCCAAAUCUCCCGCAUCAUCCCCAAGACACAUCAUCCCGAUCUUUCAAGAUACCCACCUUUCCGACAAAGAAAAUGGAUCAGAUAACAAGCUAGAUACUCAGUCUGAUAAUAAGGAGAAUAUCCAAAUAAUGGCUCCCUGUAUUCCUAAUCCAAACCAAAGACAGUCCACUCACGCUAGAAAGGCCCUUAUUGACCUUAACAUCAACUCUUUUCCUGGCUAUAUACAUGAGGGGCCUUUGCAACCUCUGAUGCAGAUCCAGCAGUUGAAGGAACCUUGGUCUACAAACUCUUUUUCUAAUUCUGUGAAGCCGGGAAAACGGCUCAUGGUGCCGAGCUAUGUCACUCCUCCGAAGAGGAACCGUGUCCGUCUCUACAAAUAUGUGUCGGACUCGAACAGCCAUACCCAAGUGAAAAACUUACUACCGAAGUUGAAAAGUCGUGAUGAUUCCUACUAUCCAGACUCCUCUACGCCCAAUGCCUUCCACGUCUAUGACGACAAAGUAGACUCCAUAAACGAACACCCUACUGUAUAGCUCAAUCUAAUGUGUACUGAUCGCUUAAUGCUAUAAUUAAAUUUGAUGAAAACUGCGCCCACAUCUCAAUAUGCCCCAUUUUUGACUUACGGC